AUGCUAUUUCAAAUAUAUGCAAGACCACUUUUUUUAUUUAACAAAUUCUUUUAGAAUAUCAAGUAUUAGAUUUAAUUAUUAAUAGCCUUGACUUUCAUUAUAAUAAUAGUGAAAUAUGGUCAGAAAUUUUCUUGAUUUUAAUGUUGGCUAUACAAUUAUUAUAUUUUUUAUGUUUUAUCCAUCUUUAUUAUUGUUAAAGAGUCAAAGUUAAGAAAUAGCUGUUAAGGAAAUAGUUUUAGUCAUUUUAAUAAAAUGAGUAAGAAGUAAUAAUCUUUUUAUUUUAGAACGAAUCAAAUAACAUACUCAACUUGAAAUAAGCAUCUUAAUAUUAUAUAUCAUUUGGAACAAAGAUUUACAAAUAAUUGUUUCAUUAUCCAAUUAUUCAAUUAGGCUUAAGAAAGAUAUUCACAUUAUCAAACUAAAGUAAAUAUUAGAAUAUGAAUUUAGAUACUGAUUUAAAUUCUUAUUAAAUUUUAGUAUUAAUCAUCACCUACUUUGUAAUCUCACUUAAUAUCUUAUUCUAUAUACUGAAUGAGACUCAUAAUGUCUAAUUCUCAUUCAAAAAGAUAGAUUUUCUAUCUCGUUUUUAUUCAUAUCACACUAUACUAUAAUCAUAAACAAUAGAAAUUAUGAUUUUUGUAGUUUCUAUUUUAGAUAAUUUAGAAAUUGAUGAAAUGAUAAUUGUGAUAACAUAAAUAAUCCUACUUAUUUUAAUUUUAAUAUUAUCUUAUAGUAAUCCAUAAUAUUAAGAAGAAUUAGUUAAUAAAAUUUAAAUAUAAUCUUAUUCACUUUAUUUAUCAAUUAUUUUAUGUAUACUCAUUUUUGCAGGUGGAUUACACCAAGAUUUUUCAGAAUUGAUAUUGAUUAUAUUACCAUUAGUAUUUUAGAUUUCUAAUUUAAUACUUAGAAGAUAAGAAAAUAAAACUUAAACUUUAAGUUAUGAAAAUAAGAAUUUUGAUAGUUUAAUGAUGAAUAUAUAUAAUUAAUGUUAAGAAGCAUUAGGUAGAAAUGGAAUUUUAUUAAAUGAAAUUAAAUAUUAAUUGCCAAGUAACUUAAAUCUUUAUUCAUUUUCAACUAAUCAUCUAAUUAAUUGUGAAAAUACAAUAAGUUGUUUUUGUCGUUGUUACAAAUAAUAAGAUGAUCGUUUUAUCUCUCGAUUAUAAUUUAAAUAAUAUGUAAAAGAAUUAAUAAGAUAUCAUUAUGAAUUAAAAUUAUUAAGUUUGAAUAAAAACAAUUCUUAAUUAUAUCUCAAAAGUUACUUUUAUUAUAUCUUAUAUAUAUCAAAAGUAAUAAAAUAACCUACUAAAGCAUUUCAUGAAAUAAUCAAAUUGAAGAAUAAUAUGUAUUCUGGUAUGAAUCUAUUAGAUUAAAUGUUUACAAAUUCAAUUGAAAAUCUUGUUAAAAAUGAUUUUUUAAUGAUGAUAGAAAAUAAAAACAUUACUAAUCAAAAAUAUGAUUGCUUUAAAGUCUUUAAUUACAUUAAAUCUAUAAAUAUAUGGAAAGAAAAGUUUGGUCAAAUCUUAUAAAUGUAAAAAUAAUGGUAUAUAACUCUAUUAAAUAAAAAUCUUACAUAACUUAUAAUUGAUGGUAUUAACUUAUAAAAUUUAAUAUCAGAUCAAGAACAAUAAUUAAAAUUACUUUUUAAUUAAAAUCCACUAUCUUAAUAAUGUCAUAUUUUAAUAAAUUUAUUUUAUAAGUACAUUAAUUUCAAUAAAAGAAAAAUUGAAAUUCCUGCAAUAGAUUCUUUAUUUGCUUAUAAAUUUUAAAAUUCAAUAAAUGGAAUUCUAUUUCAUAAAGAAGCUGCUCUUGUCUAUUUAACAUUAUUAAAUACUAAAGGUAUCAUUAAAAACUACACUAAAACAUUUAGAGAUGCUCUAUGUACAAUAGAUAGUGAAAUAAUGAAUAAUUCUAUCAAUAAUUUCAUUCCUGAUAUUAUAGCAGAAGUACAUGAUUAAUAUUUAGAUAACUUUGUUGAGAGAGGAAGAAUCAAUAUAAUGAAAUCAGACAGAAGAUUUCUAUUAGUCAAAAAUAAAUUAGGAUUUAUAUUUCCUAUUAUAGCAAAAGUUAGAUUGGAAACAGAUUUGGGAUCAGAUUUUGGUUCAUCUGCUCUUAUACUUCCUACUUAUUAAAAUUAUCAUUAUAUUAUGUUGAAUAAAUAUGGUUUAGUGGAAGAGAUAAGUGAUAAGUUAUAUAAUGAAGUUAUAUUACCCAUACUUUGUAUUGAUUUAAAAGAUAUCAAAUCUUUGGAUUGUCUUAAAUUAAUACCAAAAUUAAUUAAAAGUUGGAAAUCACUUAAUUAGAUGAAUAUCUUGGAAUAAGAUCUUAAAGAACCAACUCAAUCAUAUAUUGUGAUUCCAAAGAAGAGAAAAAAAUAAUAAAUACUUUUAUAAUCUUCAUUAUCAGAUAAAAAUAAAACUAUUUAUGAAUUCUUAAAAGCUUAAGAUUUAGUUAAUGAAAAAUACUUUGAUAACUUCAAAUAAAUGUAUAUGUUUCGAAUUACAUUCAAAAUUAUUGAGUUUUAUACAUUUUAGGAGACGUAAAAUAACAUUUUUUAUUUUUAGGAUUUAUUGUAUUGAAAUUUAAACUAUUAAACCUGUUCGUGAAUCAUAAAGAAUUGAAAUAUUUGAAAAAUUAAUUGAAAAAUCAGAUUAUGUAAAUUUGAGUAGAAAAAUAAUUAAAAUAAGUUAAGAUAAAAUGGAUUUUAAGAAAUUAAAAAGUAAAAAGUUAGAAAUAACUAAUUAAAAGGAAUCACUUGGUUUCAUAUCUUAUUAACCUGAAUAAUAGACAAUUUAUAAUUUAGAUACAUAAAAAUUAAUUGAAGAUGAUUAUAUGAUUAGAUAAAAGGAAAUGUAAAUUCAUUUAACUAAUCCUCUUUAUAUCUUAGAAGUAAAUAUUAAAUUAAUAUAAGAUAGAAGAAUGUUAAAAUUUAAUUAGUUAACCAAAUAGUUAAGAUAAGAGAAUAUAAGAUCAAUAAACAUUUAGAAUGAAAUCUUCAAUUGGACCUAGUUUUGGUGCUUUAAAUCAUUUUGGUAGUAAUUUCUCAAAUGGGAUUAGUUAAGUCUUUGGUUCUGAUUAAAAUAAAUUAAUAGUGCAUUCAAGUGCAAUAUUGGAAGCAUUAAAUGAAAAUAAAGAAUCUGUUAAAUCAAAGAAUUCUGAUGAAAUCAUAGGAUCAAUUGAUAAUUUUUUAUUUGAUGGAGAUUAAAUGAAUUCUAUAUCUUCAUCAUAAAUUAGUGAUAUAAAAGUCAAGAAAACAUAAUUGAAACAUAAUUUAUUUGAUGAAUAAACUAAAUAACAUUUAAUUAUACGCAUAAUAAAUUUAAUUACAUUUACUUUGCUUAUAAUAUUAAACAUUUACUACUAUUAUAUUUUGAAUUAAGAAAAUAAGGUAAUAUAUAAUAAUUUUUAUAUAUUAUAGAUUAUUGAUUCAGCACUAGAAACAUAUAGAUUAUCUAACAAUUUUUAAGUAUAGCUUAAUAAUUUUAUUUUGACAUUCAAUUAUUCUAAUACAAAUAGAUUUAAUCAUUAUCAAUAUAUGAAAUUUUGUGCUAGUCGUUUUUAGAAUGAUAUAUCUAAACUCUAAUAUUAUUCACCAAAUAUUGAAUAGAAUACAAGUAAUAAAUUAAUUAUAAUUUAGUUUAAUAUCUUUAAAUAAGUGAAUUUGAAAAUAUAACAAAUUUAAGUUUGUUUUAUUCAUUGGGAUAUUUUUCUUAAUAUUUAUUAUCUUAAUCAAAUUGUUCAAAUUAAGAAUAUUUUUUAGAAUUUAUAGCUAGAAAUUUCAUUACAAUAAUUUCUUCAAAUUCUGCAUUUAAUUCAACAGUAAUUAAAGAUAGUGUAGAUUAAUUUAUGAAUGCAUAACAAUCAACAAAAUUAUCAUUUUAUUUUACUUUGAUAUCACUUUGUUUUGCAUUUUUGUUUUACUUCAUUCUUUUAAUAAUUAUUAGCAAAGCAAAAUAAAAGAUAAUUAAAUUAUUUAAUACUAUUUCAAAAUCUCAAUUAAAUUGUUUAAUUGAAUAAAUUUCAAUAGUUGUACAUUAUUUAGAUAAGAUUGAUUUUAUAAAUGAAGAAACUACUGAACAUCAAUUUGAAUAAAUAAAGUCAAAAAUUGCAUCUACUCCAAGAAUAAAAAUUAAAACUCCUUAAAAAAGAUAAUCUUUAAAAAUCAAAUAAAAUAAAUCUAAAGAAAACAGUAAAAGUAUUUUUUUAUUUUAGAUUCUAGCUGCUUUUAUUUAUUUUAUUUACUCUUUGUUUUUAUUAUUCAGUUACUUUAUUAUUUCAUCUUAAUACAUAGGUUCUCAAAUUUACUAAAAUUCAUUUGAAGCAGAGACAAUAUAUUCUUUCAAAUAAUUACUACUCUAUAAAUCAUCCCAAUCAUAUUUAUUAUAACAAAAAAGUUUUUAGAAAUUAUUAAUUAAAUAUGUUUAGAUAGGAAGGGAAGAGAUGUUAUUUUUAAAUGAAUGUAAAAUUAAUUAUAUAUAAUGAAUAGGGGAAGAAGCAUUAAAAUUUAUGGAAGAAUAAUUAAAUGUUCUUUAGGGUUUUAUUUAAAGAUUGAAUGAUUAAAAAUCAUUUUCAAAUGUAAUCUUUACAAAUACAAUAAAGAAGAAUGCUUGUUAAGCUUUUUAAUUUACUAUUGUGAAUACUACAGAAGAUAGCUAAUUUUUUAAUGAGAAUAUCUGUAAAAAUCUUGAUAGUCUAGCAUCAGGAUUAACAAUUUAAUUAGUUGCUAUAUAAUAAAGUUUUUAAUAAUUCUAUUCAAUGAAUAAACUUAAUAAUAAACAAUUUAAAUCUUAUUUGUCUAAUAUGGAUACUAAUUAAACUUUAGAAAAUGAUAUCAUAAGUGUGCUUUACACAUCUCAUGUUUUAAGUUUGCUGCAUGAUUUCGUGGCUCAUGAAGCUUAAUAAGAAUUAUCUUUGAAUUAUUUAGUGCAUACUAUCAGAUUCAUAUUUGGAUUAAUACUUUAUAUUAUUUUAAUUAUUAUAAGUAAUAAAAAUAUAGGGUUGUACUUACAUAAAGAAUUGAUUAGAACAAAAUAAUUAUUUUUAUUGAUACCCUUGGAAGUAUUAUGUGAAAAUGCAAAUAUUUUAUAGCAAUUAAUAAGAAAUUAGAAAUGA